UAAUGCUGAAAGUCACGAAAAUGCUUCAUACAAAUAUUCAAGCGGCCGACAGCGAAAUUAACCUUGUACAUUCACGUUACGCAAAAAAUGACACUUCUAAGGUACUAUGGGCAAUAUUCGAGAUUGAUAAACUCGUAUCUGGAAAGCCAAAGGUCUUAGAAUACAAAAUACGUUCAUCUGAAAUAGGCGAGAACCGAAUGAUUAUGAUGCAUGAGGAAGAACCUGCCUAUAAGGAUCCAUAUAUAUUAAGUGGUUUCAUGGCUCUGCAAAUUGCGAUUGAGAAAUCUUUUGUGGAGAUGUGGACAAAUCCGACACUACCAAAGAUCGCUGAUAAUCUAACUAUUGGCCGAUUUCCAUUUUAUAAAGUCAAUUUUUUAAUUUUACCGUAUGUCAUUCGACCUAACAUAAGCAUAAUCUAUUACGUGAUGGUUAUUGCUUUCCUUUUACUGCCAGCAGCAACGUUAAGAAAGGCACUUCACGAUAAAGAAACUGGAUUCAGAGGUCUUAUGAGAUUAACAAAUAUAUCUUUCACAAUGUUAUACACCGGAUGGCUCAAUUAUCUUAUGAUCGUUCUAUUACCCGUGACGAUCAUAUGUACAAUCCUCCUAUUUCCUGUGUUUUCGGCUGCAAACGCGUUAGUCAUUGCUAUAUUUAUCAUGAUGUACAAUAUACUUUCAAUGUUCUUCAUGUUCACCAUCAGCACAUUUUUCGAUCAUCAUAUGAAAGCAUUGUUUAUAUCGGUUUUGUUUUGGCUCUUUUUGACGCACUUAACUAUCGUUCUGGAUCAGUUUUUGAUAAGAGAAUCUAUGCUGUGGAGGAUUAGUUCACUGAUUCUGCCACAUAGUGGUUUGCUUUAUGGAAUAGUAGCUUUCACGACCUACACGAAUUUCGAUGACAAUAACAGCGAAAAUUCGAGAAAUAUCUGGCAAUACACACAAGUAAAACCACGCAAUUACAUUGGUUCUACCUCGUAUUUGUGGCCGCGGUGGCUUUCUGAAUUGAUAACACUACGAGAUGCCCACAAUAUCAUUUACGCCGCAGAAAAAAUUCCUGUUAGCUUGAUUCUAUUUGUCUGGAUAUUGCAUAUUAUUUUUUGGUAUUUACUAGCAGUGUACUUAGAUAAUGUUAAUCCAGGAAAAUUUGGCAGCGCAAAACCCUGGUACUAUUUAUUCAAAAAACCUGUUUAUGAUGACGAUUUAUUUAUUCGAGGAUCAACUAACUGGUCAGCAGUGGAGCACACACCAUCAUAUAUAAAGCCAUCUAUUCGAGUGAGAUGUGUUCGAAAGGAAUUCGGUAGGCUUGGUGAACGUAUUACAGCUAUAAACGAUGUAACGAUCGACUUUUAUAAUCAAGAAUUCAGUGUCAUUCUGGGUCACAAUGGUGCCGGCAAAAGUUGUUUGUUAAAAAUAAUUAUCGGAAUGUACAAACCGACUCAUGGCCACGUUUACUUGGAAAAUGAAAGUUCUAUAUAUCCAAUUGGUUAUUGCCCGCAGGAAAAUAUAUUGGUAAAUUACUUGACGACGAUUCAACAUCUCUAUAUAUUUGGUAUGAUAAAAGGAAUGACUUAUGAGGAUGCUUAUAGGGAAUCAUUAAAGCUGUUAAAACAAUUGGAUUUAGAGUAUGUGAAGGAUACAAAAAUGAAAUCUUGCUCCUUUGGUACGCAAAGAAGAAUUUGUUUAGCAAUGGCACUUAUUGGUAAUACUAAGAUCCUCAUUCUUGACGAACCUACAUAUAGUAUUGACCCUGAGCACAAAAGGCAGAUAUGGGAUUUACUUUUAGAUAUAAAAAGACAUAAAACGAUAAUAAUGGCAACGAAUUCCAUGGAAGCUGCAGAUUUUCUUGCUGAUAGGAUCGCUAUUAUUGCAAACGGAAGGAUCGAAUGUUACGGUUCAAAAAUGUAUUUGAAUCGUCGAUAUGGAAUCGGUUACGUAUUGAGUUUAUUGGUACAAGAAGAUUACAAUGUGAAGCAAAUUCGUACAGAAAUACAAGAAUUUUCAGCGGAUCCAAUUACUUUACGAAGCAUGAUGGGUUUAGUAAUAAGAUUUGAUGUGCCAAGGACAAGUCGUUUCACCAAAUUACUCCAACAUUUAGAAUUUAACAAAGAAGAAUUAAAAAUUGUGUCGGUUGCACUGAGUGCUGCUAGCAUCGAGGGUCAAUUUCUUAGAAUAGGUUUAGAGAGUCAGUUUAAAGAACGCGGUGUAAAAUUAUCUAGCAACAAAUACGAACUUAUUGUGCAACAGAGACGACGGCACUUGUUACAAACAGCUAAACCAUGGAAGCGCUUGAUCGGUGACGCUUUAUGGCGGCAGCAAAUUCUCGCAAUGUUCUUUAAAAAAUUUUUGCACAUCGCUUCGUCCUGGAAAAUAUACGUGUUUUCGAUAACUUUAGCGAUUAUUACUCUCAUCCUGGCCACUAUAACCGCAGAGUUGAGCAAUUUUACACUCUUCGAAACAACCGAGAGAGUAAUGAAUCUGACGAGUUAUAUGGACAACAAUUUUCAUGUACUAUAUUAUGCGGCCGAUGAUAAAUCCAUGAAAGAUUUUCUUGUAACAUUGUACGUUACUAGUCAAACCUAUAGUGAGAGGCAUAAUUAUCAUAUCUCUAAAAACAUUCCAGCCACGGAUUUAAUGAUGCAGCCUGACUUGCAUUCUAUAGACUUUAGGGAUCGUUACGUGAUGUCUAUCGACAUGUAUACAGAUGGACGCGUACAACUUAUGUAUUCAUCCACUGCAGUACAUAGUGGGCCAAUUGCAUUAAAUUUACUACAUAAUGCGUUACUGCGUUAUCAUUGCGGUUCAGACAAUUGUUGGAUCAAAUUGGCUAGUCGACCGUUACUUCGUCCAGGGCAGUGGCAACAUUUAUUGGUUCAUCCACGCAGCGUACGAAACUGGGAAAAUGCUGCUAUAAUAAUAACUUUAUUCCUUCUUCUGCCCUCUAUUGAUAUGGGUAUACGAGAACAAAAUACACGCUCAAAAAUGCUGCAAAUUAAUGCGAUCGGUAUGUCUACGCGAAUCUAUUGGAUCCCGACGUAUAUUAUUGAUUUCCUUUUGUAUGCGUUCUCCAUAACAUUCUUUGAAAUUACUAUCUUAAAUGUCUAUCGCCGCACGUUGCACUUCUCAAAUUUAGAGAUUGUUCAAGUGCUAAUGAUAUUCCUAUGUUACGGAGGGUGCGCCAUUCCAUUAGGUUAUUGCGUACAACUUUUCACAAAAAAACCGGAAAAUGCGUACCUAAGUGUGAUACUGAUCAAUAUUGUAACCAUGUUAUUGGUAAACGGCUCUGUUGUAUUUCCAUUGAUAUUUCAAGUACUCAGCAACGUUGAAAGAUAUAUUCUUGAAGUUCUUAUACAUAUAUUUCCACCAUACAUUCUAGCUUGUGCUUUAAGCAAUUACAUUAUGCUGAAUUUAUAUAACAGACAGUGCAGUUAUUUUAAUACUUGCGAUACAGAAUUUUAUAUUGAAGAUCCAUGUUGUCAAAAUUGUGAAGGCAAAGGUUGUUACAAACACUUGGAUGUAAUGCUGAUUAAACAAUCCAGCUUUGAGUAUAAUCAUUCGGUCACAGAUGACAUACUUUUAAUGGUAUCCCUAAUGUUCGCUUUUUACAUAAUGCUGGAGAUUUUUGAAGAAAAAAAUCGAAGAAAAUGGUAUAGUUAUUUUAUGCCUCCCAAGAAAGAUGAUGAUUUAGAGUUGGAAGUUAUACAGGAAAAGAAGCGAGUCGAAGAAUACAUGAAACAUUAUGACGAAACAAAAUUGCUUCCAUCGCGAGUUGCUCUUAUUGUCCAAAAUUUGACAAAAGAAUAUGCUAACGAAGCGAUAGUUCAAGGAAUCAAUUUUAGUAUCCACAAUCAAGAGUGUUUCGGAUUGUUAGGAUUCAAUGGUGCGGGAAAAUCAACCAUAUACAAAGCACUGGUAGGUCAAAUAAAAAUGUCAGCUGGAAAAGCAGUGAUAUAUGGAUACGAGUUCACAAGAAAUCAAGAGAUGUUUGUAGGUAUGAUAGGAUAUUGUCCACAAAUUAACGGACUGAGUGAUUUUAUGACUGGAAGACAAUAUUUGCAACUUCACGCGGCACUUCGCGGUGUUCCAUAUGAAAGUAUCAACGAAGAAGUAAAUAAGUGGCUUGAUGUAUUAGAUAUGUUGGACUUUGAGAAUCUGAAAAUUGCUCACUAUCCUUGGGGAAUUCAAAGAAAACUUUGCAUACUGCAAAGUCUUACCGGCGAUUUACCGAUGAUAUUUAUGGACGAACCUUCCGCUGGGGUUGACAUAAUGACUAGACACGCAAUCUGCGAAAUUUUGCAUCAGAUACGAGAGAUGGGAAGAUCUAUAUUAAUCACUACACAUAGCAUGCGAGAAGCAGAAGCGAUGUGUUUGCGCGUUGGUAUUUUAGUUAACGGCCAAUUUACUGCAAUUGGAUCUUGCGAAUAUCUAAAGGCAAAAUAUGGCCGGAACUUUAUAUUAAAUAUUAAAAUAGUACCAGGAUACCAGAUUACGAAUCUUGAGAAGAUUAAGAAAAUCAUUAACGAAAUUUUUCCAACAAUAAGAUUUAAAGACAGUUACUUGGGUGUUCUUAAAUACGAAUUAGAGAGUGACAUUUCGUAUAGUUAUGUGUUUGAUAAACUCGAAAAGCUAAGACAGAGAUAUGUGUGGAUCACAGAUUUCUCGGUUACUCAGCCAUCAAUGGAUGAAGUAUUCCUAACUUUAGCAAAGAAGCAAAGAGAAUCUCAUAAGAAGUUAAAACUUUACGAACGUCUACAUUCAUGUAUUAUAGGAUUACAUGCUUUGCGUUUCAACAAUGUCUCGCGGAUCAACAGCACGAUCGCUAACAGCUCGCAAUUUACAGGAACGGAGCCGAUCGCGCGCACACGCGCAGCCGGAUCGUUUCCACCAAAGGCGAAAGACGAAAGACGAAAGACGACACAACAUGAAACCUCGUUACCUAGGAUACACUGUAAAACGAUUAAUUACGAGCAAGGUCGACCAUCUGACCAUCGUCUCGCCUCGAAAAUGGAAUAUGCAUGUCACAAGUGCGCAAGCUGCAGCAACUCACACUCGGGAGUAGCGAGCGGCCGGACCCCCAUAAAAGAUCGGCGCAGCUGGAUUUUUUGGAAAAAAUCCGAAGCAAGCACGGGUAUGCGGUUGCCCCAGGAAGACAGCUACGAAGACGAAGAAGAAGAAGAAGAAGAAGAAGAAGCUCAAGUGCUGGUGGAAUAA